GUUAUUGUGCUCUCCACUAGAGCAGGACGCGAGGGGUGCAAGUGCCUGACAAACUACUAUGAAGGAAAGGAUCAAGAAGCAAGAUGUGUUAGGACGGCUACGCUACGGAGAUGAUACUGCUGGAAGAAUGGAAGCUCAGUAUCUGCAUUGCUGAUUUAAUUUAUAGUCCCACAGACACAACAUCCUGGUUACUGCAAGCAAAUCCAAAAGUUUUCUGUAUCAUUAUUGAUCAAACAAGGCAAUGACAUCACCUGACCACUUAAAUUGAUUUUCACUGUUUAUUUUCUCGACACUAACCACUUCCUCAUAAGGCCAUGGAUGCCAGCUCAAUACCUCAGAUUAAUAUAGAGGACUAUGAUGGCCUUGAGGUUGCCCCAGAUGAUCAUUUGAGAAACUUGAAAGCAUUGACUGAGAAGCUCAGACUUGAGACCAGAAGGCCGUCCUAUCUUGAGUGGAAGGAACGAGUGGAAGCUCAAAGCUCCAAAGGUUUAGUCGUGUCAGAGGUCUCAUCAGAGCUGGAGAAAAGUGUUGGACUGAAGCCCAACGUCACACCUCAGAAUCAACAAGUGACUGCAGGGAAUGCCCUGAUUUCCAGAAGCCUUGGAGGGUUUGAUAAUAUUGACGAAGCUCUUGUUUGGCUUAGAAAAGAACUGAUGGAGAUGCGCAUCCAGGACCAGCAGUUGGCCCGCCAACUUAUGCGACUACGCGGGGACAUCAACAAACUCAAAGUGGAGCAGACGUGUCACCUGCAUCGCCGAAUGCUCAACGACGCCACCGUUGGUCUGGAGGAGCGUGAUGAGCUGUCGGAUCUUUUGUGUGAUGGACCCGUCACUCCAGGGUUUGGCCUCUCUUCACCACUGCGCCUCAUUGGUGUCACCAAGAUGAACAUUAACUCCAGACGCUUUUCCCUUUGCUAGCCAACUGCAAAAGAAAAGAAUCAAGGGAGUCAUAAUUGACUACCCUGGUAGUCAGUGUUGAAGCGAAUAAUUUUAGACAACUGUUUAGGAACCCAUAAGAACUGUUGUCACAGAACAUCCUGUGCCUCUUGUUCUAUGCACUUGUGCCAGUGAAACCUUUUCAGUUAAUCAAAUGAACAAUAGAUAGUGACUUCUAAAAAAUGUCUGAUCCACUAGCCAUGGCUCAAUCCCUUAGAUACAGACCUUGUUGUGGUUAUGAGAUAUCAACUGAUGUCACUUACCACACACAUGCUCUGUUACAAAACCUUGUAAACUAUCAAAUACGCACCCUUUGAUGCGAAGACACGACCCUCAGUCUAAAAAUGAUUAAUUUUUAAGGAGUGGGUCCUUUAAGGCUUGUCAGUAAUCAGCCACUGUUAUGAUUGGCUAACGUCAUUGCAUAUGAAACAGUAUCAGUAUCACACCCUCAAUACUACAUGUGAAUAAGUGUUUUGAAAGGCCCAGUACUGCUUCAUCUUUCAACAAAAAUUUCUCCUUCAUCAUCUCAUGUUUGAAAUCCACCUAUGCUAAGGGCAUCCGUGCCUGACCUCUGCAAAAGUAUCCAAUUGCACCAAGUUUGACUUGACAGACAGGAGCACGUGCCCAGUGGCAGGUAAAGGAACCACCUCUUAACGAGCACAUAAAGCCUCUGCACACACUACUUUUACUCAAUUGACAUUCACUUCUCACGACCUCUGGAAAUUUACUCACAGCUCAUUGGUUGACUUCUUUGUCUACUUCUUUGACGUAUUUGUCAUUUUUACUAGGUCAGCUGUUUUAUUCUGCAAGCCGCACACACUCACACUUGUUACUAGGCUGUCCGUCUCUUACCUCGCCUUUUCCUCACUCCAUCUACUGUCCGCUACUCAUGGCUCUUUCAAAAUCGAAUCCAGCUUCCCCCGUGGACAACCAGUCGCGAGCCUGCCUGGCUACGUGAGGCACCCUCAUUGGCGCUUGGGAUCUUCUUUCCUUUGCAUUGUUUGCAUGGGUCUUAAACACUCUCAAGAAGCCAGCGAUCGGAGAGCUGUAGCCAUUGCUUAUAAGAAGCUCCUGCGUCGGAGGCUCAAGGUAGCCGCUACUCAGAGAGUCAACUUGGGAUUGUCUGACUCGGAUGGGGCCUCCUGCCAACAACUGGAGAAAGGGUCGCCAUCACCCGAUCUCUGGAAGGAAAUAGUCACAGUGAAUGUCCAAGCGUGCGGGCGCUCUGUGGCUCUCUCGGUGGUCAGAGAGCACAUACUGUGUUAAUCUUUUGCUUGAGUGCCGGUCGAGCCUGGCCAGGCUCUCUUCGGUCCUGUCGUCGCGCUAAUGCAGCAGCGCUGAGACGAUAAGAAAAAGGAGGACGAGGCUUUCAAACUUUGUCUUCCUAGGAAACCCGCCUCAUGCCAGACACUCUCUGAGCGGCCUCCUAACCUCCCUGCUACGGGACACCAUCCCCAUAAUGCAGGCAGGGCUCAUAGACCCUGCAGUAAGCCACCGGUGCAGCAGAGUGAGCCCCCACCUGCUAAACCCUGGGGGAAAAUGUCCUUUGCUACUGCCGCAGAGGUUAUCUGUCAGCUACAUUUGUCAGAUACUACAGGCUUGAUGUUACCCACACCCAGGUAGCUCAUUCAGUUUUAGGUGUGGGUUCUUUGCAGCCUUGUGCCCUUAGACCCUCUACACCUUUUAAGCCUGAGUUGUCCAGCUCGGCUUAUUCAUGUCAUU